AUGAGGAAUGAUUCUUUGCCUUCACCAUCCACGAAUUCUUCUAAUCCAGAGAACGAAGAAUGUCCUUACUUAAAUGGCUUAGUUUGGAAACAGGAAUACCUGACCGAUGUCACAUAUCCAUAUCUUGUUGCUGUGACUGUUACAAAUUUAUUGGCUGUCCUUCCGACCACCCUGUUAAACGCGCUGGUUAUCGUAGCCGUUGCAACAAGGCGCCGACUGCAAUCAAAAUCAAACGUGCUUGUGGCGGGGCUGGCGGCUGCAGACUUACUGACUGGGCUGGUUGUUCAAGACAUAGUAAUCACGGUAGAACUGACGCGUAUCUUUAGCGACGGACCAUUCUGUAGCCUGGAAAAGGCAAGCGCUGUCGCGCUGAUGGGAGUUUUCUUUCUUUCUUUAGGAAGCCUUGCGUUAAUAAGCAUUGAUCGCUAUAUUUCUAUCAAGCAUUCCUUGAGGUACACGACCAUUGUCACCAAACAGUGGAUUAAAACUGGUCUUCUUUUGGCCUGGGCCACUGGACUGCUUGUAACUAUUCAUGAACUUACCUUGGCUGUUAUUGACAGUGGAACAGAUCGUUACUUCCUCUACUCGAAGGUGAUCACCUCCAUACUGUCAAUGCUCGCCUUGGUUGCCAUUGGUGUUAUCAGCUACACCUAUUGCUAUAUUUUCUCAGAAUCGCGACGUCAGAAAAAACGACUGCAAACUGAACAGCUGAACGAAGAGGAAGUUAAAAGAUUGAAGAAAGAAAGGAAAGCGGCCAACACUUUAACACUUCUUCUGGCCACGUUAGUAAUAACUUAUAUUCCGACCAUAGUUGUAGUUUUGAUUAUAUCGUAUUCGGACGACAUUUUAGAGCCGCAUAUUGUAAGUGUUAUAAUGACUUGGGUCGUGACAUUUGGCCUUCUAGGAUCUCUUUGUAACCCUAUCAUUUUCUUUUGGCGAGUCAAAAAACUGCGCCAUGCUAUUCUUGAGAUUUUACAUUACAGACAGCCCGAAAACAGUCCGCCACCAAUAGAAAUGAAAGAAAUAAAACACCAUCGACCUCGAAUUCAGCCUUCCACCAGCGAAGCUUUCUCCAGGACCGUAACAAGACAAGAACCUGAUCAGCUUUCAUUCAGAAAGCUUCAAGCGGUCGAAAUAGUCUGUGAUGUAGAGGAAACCGCAGUAUAAGUCGUGAACGUGGUGUAAUAUUCAUAAGUUGUAGCCAAGAUAUUGGAGGUAGCUUGUUGAAAAUAAUACGUGCACUUUUUCACUAAGGGCUACGGUUGGUAACGAGGCUAAAUCAAAGUGGCUAUGAGCUACUACUCAACUUGGAAAAUGGAUCGUCUGUAAACAGUGACAAUUUU